GGAAGUCAUUUCCUACGUUAAAAAAAAAAAGGGUUUGUCUCUGUUUGUCAUCAAAAUGGUGAUCUGCAGGAACAGUUCAGUGGUCAGGGUCUCGUGUUCAUGUUUCAGCAGCAGGAAAGACCCUUCAGGGCCUCCGUACAUCUGAAGAAUCCCUACAUGGACUUUAGGAUGUUCGCCUUUUUCUUAAAGAUUCACCUUCAACAACAUCUGAGAGACUAAAGAGGAGAGUUUAACAUGUUAGCUGCAGAUAGAGGAUAAAGAUAAUAGAGAAAUAUUUGACGGAGUGAUGGAAGAGGAGCAACUUUGUGGAUCAACAGAGCAGAAGGAAAAACAGCAGGGCGCUCUAUUCUAAACUUUACGGUAACUUUAAAUCUGAGUGGAUUUGACCUGAUGAAACAUGAAUUUAGCGGCACAGUGGUGUAGUGGAUAGCACUGUCGCCUCACAGCAAGAAGGUCCUGGGUUCGAAUGUGGGUGAGGGCGUUUCUGUGUGGAGUUUGCAUGUUCUCCCUGUGUCUGCGUGGGUUUACUCCGGGUACUCCGGUUUCCUCCCACAUCCCAAAAAACAUGCCUUAGUGGGGUUAGGUUAAUUGGCCACUUUCAAAUUUCCCUUAGGUGCGGGUGGUUGCAAAGUGCAGGGAGUCCAGUUUGUGUUUGACCUCAGACCUCAGAAGGCGUAGAAUCAGCCGCUCCAGGGUUUUCAUGAUGUGUGAAGUGAGGGCCACUGGUCUGGAGUCAUUGAGUUCAGCAGGACAUUUUGUUUUCGGCACUGGCACAAUGUAGACUCAGGUUGAAGAUCUUGUGGAGAGGUUGACACAGUUCUGCAGCACAGUCUUAAAGCAGCCUUGGACACACACCAUCUGGACCAGCUGCCUUCCUAGGACAAAGUCCUCCAAGCUCCAUCCUCACCCCUGUUUCAGUGACAGACAAGGACUGGUGUUCUAGGAGGGAGGCAGUUGAAGUGGUUGAGACAUUUUAACAAGAUGGAGGAGGAAGGGGAGAAGUUGUAGUGGAGAUUUGUUGCAGAGAGGAAGGUGGAGUAGCAGUGGAAGUGGGUGACAGCAGUGUCAAAUCUGUUGAAGAACAGGUUGAGUUCAUCAGCUCUUUCCAAAUCACCCACCACUGGCUGUCUUUUCGUUUUAUUGCUGUGUCCAGAGAUGGUACUGAUUCCUCUCCACACUUCACGGAUGUUGCUGUGUUGUAGAUUCUUCUCUAUCUUCUUUUUGUACUCCAGCUUUGCUAUCUUCAGUCUCCUCUUAAACUCUUGUUGCACUUGUUUGAGUCGUUCUUUGUCACCAUCUUUAAAAGCUUUCUUUUUCUGGUUAAGGAUUGCUUUUAUGUCUCUUGUGAUCCAGGGUUUGUUGUUGGGGAAACAGCGAACAGUCUUUGUAGGUAUAACUGUGUCUCUACAGAAGUUGACAUAAUCAGUAAAGCAGUCAACCUGUUUAUCAAUGUUUAUACUAUCCACAUCUGUUUCCAGCAGCACAUUCCAGUCUGUCGAUUUAAAACAGUCCCUUAGAGCUUCACUGGCUUGAGGUGUCCAUCUUCUGAUUUUGACUUUGGUCACAGGCUGCCUCAGCACACAAGGUCUGUAACAGGUUUCCAAAUAGACCAAGUUAUGAUCUGACUUGCCCAGUGGUGGUAAGGCAGUGGCUCUGUAGGCUUCUUUGACGUUGGCAUACAGCAGAUCCAGGGUUUUGUUUUCUCUGGUAGGACAGUUCACAAACUGUGUGAAUCCAGUCAGGUGAGAGGAGAGGGUGACAUGGUUGAAGUCUCCUGAUAUUAUUAUUAGUGCCUCGGGGUGUUGAGUCUGUAGCCUGGUGACACUAUUUUGCAAAACAUCGCAACAUUCUUCAGUUGAUUUGGGUGGACUGUAAACAAUUAUUGUUAUGAUAUGACUAAAUUAUCUUGGAACAAAAUAUGGCCGAAGAGCAACUGCCAACAGUUCAAUAUCUGGACAACACAACUUCUCUUGGACAGUUAUGAGUGAAGGGUUACACCAUCUCUGGUUGACAAAUAAAGCCAGACCUCCUCCUUUCUUCUUGCCACUAGCUUGAGCAUCUCUGUCUGACCUUAUGAGAGUGAAACCAGAUAGAUCCACACUGGAGUCUGAGUUGUUUUGAUUCAACCAGGUUUCAGUAAAAUACAGGAAACUGCACUCACGGUAUGCUUUCUCAGUCUUCUCCAAGGUCUCCAGCUCAUCGCUUUUGUUGGGCAGAGAUUUGACGUUUCCCAUGAUGAUUGAUGGAAGAAAGGGUUUAUAUCGCCACCUCCUAGCAUUCAGCUUUGCCUUCACCUUUGCACCAGCACAGCAACCACGAUAACACCUCCUGAUGUCCUCUGGAAUUGUAUGUUGUUGUCCAGAUUUGCUUUUCCUCAAUGAAAGAAUUCUUCUCUUGAGUAAACUCUUCACCCAGCAGAAAUAUCCAUCAGCAGCCAACAAAAUGACAACAAAAAUAUGAAAAAAAUCUAGCAUAACGUACAAAAAAAUACAGAUAAUAUAGAGAGACCAGACUUGCAGCAACCUCUCGGUUCAAGCGCAUCAUUUGAAAUUGAUGCUCACAUGUUGUUUAACACAGCUCAUUUUUUUCAUCUAGAAAUCUGACUGCCGGCGAAGGAAAGCUUUCACUGACCACACUUAACAGGAUGGAAGGUAAAUGACUUUUUUAAAAUCUUAAAAUAAAUGCACUUUGUUUCAGUUCAUUCUUCAGCUGCAUUCUUCACAUUGGUUAAACAUCUGCGGGUUCACCCUUUAUGAGUAAAUACUUGGUUUCAACGUUUUUAAGUCGUCAUCCCAAAAAGUUACACGGUUACUCAUCAGCAUAAAAAUACUGUUUUACUGUUUUCUGUGUGUUUUUUAAAAUGUACUGUGUGCACCAGAAGACCAGCAGCUUUUGGAGGGUCAAGAAGAGCUUCACUCACCAGAACCCCCCCACAUUAAAGAGGAAGAAGAGGAACGACUGACCAGUCAGGAGGACGAGCACCUUCAUGAACGGGAGGAAUCUGAUACCACAAACUUUUCUGUGCCCGUAAAGACUGAGGAGGAUGAGGACAAGCCUCUUUAUCAAAUACAAGCUGAACAGACGGAAACAAGAACUGAUGGAGAAGACUAUGGAGGAUCUGAACCGCCCAGGAACCCGGAUCGAGAGAGUGGUCUACAACCAGAGACUGGGGCCAAGCCUGAAGACUGUUCAGAACCAGAGACUGACGACAGUGAUGACUGGAGAGAGACAACAGAACAACACUCAGGUGAAAACAUCCAAGGAGCAAAAACAGAGAAAAAAUCACACAGAUGCACUGAGUGUGGCAAAACCUUCAAAAAGAAACAAUAUCUGAUCAUCCAUAUAAGAAUUCACACAGGAGAGAAACCCUUAAGCUGCUCUGAGUGUGGGAAAAGUUUUAAUGAAAGAGGAAACCUAAACCAACAUAUGAGAGUUCACACAGGAGAGAAACCCUUCAACUGUACCAAGUGUGGGAAAAGCUUUAACAGAAACGGGCAUCUGAAGCGGCACAUGAGAACGCACACAGGAGAGAAACCCUUCAGCUGUCCUGACUGUGAGAAAAGAUUUUUUCAAAAAGGGCAUCUAAAUGAUCAUAUGAAAAUUCACACAGCAGAGAAACCCUUCAGCUGCCCUGACUGCGGUCAAAGUUUUAUUCAGAAGGGGCACCUGAACCAUCACAAAAAAACUCACACGGGGGAGAAACCCUACAGCUGUUCUUACUGUGAUAAAAGUUUUAUUCAAAAAGUGCAUCUAAACCAUCAUAUGAGCGGUCACAGGGGAGAGAAACCAUUCAGCUGCUCCAUGUGUGGGAAAGGAUUCAUUCAGAAAGUGGAUCUGAAUCGACACAUGACUAUCCACACAGGAGAGAGACCCUUCAGCUGCUCCAUGUGUGAGAAGAGGUUUAACAAGAAUGGAGAUCUGAUCCAACACAUGAGAUCGCACACAGGAGAGAAACCCUUCAGCUGCCCCAAGUGUGGGAAAAGAUUUCGACAGAAAGGGCAUUUCUCCAGACACAUGAAAAUUCACACAGCAGAGAAACCCUUCGGCUGCUCCGAUUGUGAGAAAAGCUUCAUGAGUAAACUCGAUCUGAGGUCCCACAUGGUCCAGCACGGUGGAGAGAAACCCUACAGCUGCAGCGAUUGUGGUCAGAGGUUCUGUUGGUACAAACAGCUAAAGAAACACAAGUGUGUCGGCAGUCAGGCUUCAACUUCGUUACAGCCAAUCAGUGACGAGGACUGGGAGGAGACCAGUGAGCAUCAGCCAGGUCUAAACUCUGAAGAUCUAUCAAACCUUAACAGGGACAUGAGACACGAGGAGAGCAAUGAGAAUCAGCCAGGUCUAAACUCUGAGGAUCUAUCAAACUUUAUGAGUGAGUGAAAACUGUUUCAUGUGUCAGUCAUGUUACAACAUCUGAAGAAAUGGAUGAAUUUCACAUCCUCCAGGUUUGACCAGUCAAGGUAAUACAGCGAAAUGUUAAUCAUGUGACUGUCCAAAGAUGACCUGAUGCUGUCUGCAGCUUGUGUUGUUGAAAGAGAGAUCUGAGUAUUUAUUAAAUGAUGUGAACAGGUGCCGAACAAGCAUUUCAAAAUGAUUUAGACUGUUUUACAAUUCUUCUAAUUGUAUGCCAAAUGUCACCGAAAGAAUAUAAAGAUAUAUACAAUUUAAAAA